CAACUUGUUACCUAGUAACACUUCGUAGCAUGUGAUUAUAAUCAUCUCUGUAUGAACAGCUCUUGUAACACGAAUAUCUAAUGGAAAUCAUGUGGAUCCUGAACAGAUUGGUGGUUAUUUAAUCAGCUUAGAUUAUAAUGAAAUAGUCAAAGGUGAUUCAAAAUGAAGAAGUUGCUUACCUGAGGCAAUGUGUAAUCCCAAAUCGAAUCAUUUACCGCAUCAGUUCUAUUUACCGGCGCCGAAAAUUGCAGCAACCAAAUAUUCAAUUAAGGAUGAUGAUGAUUCAUUUAGCAGCUACGGUGAAAGUGGUCAUCGUGAAAAUAAUCAUAAAGGUCUACUGAACAAAGGCAAUUUGGCUACAUUUAUAUUACGGAUAAAAGAUAUAAGUUUGACUAAAUGA